AUGUCACUCGUGCCUAUGCUGUUCCUGAGCAGCCCUGUUCCGAGCAGUAGCUCAGGACCUCGCGGUCGUCAUGAGUCGCCCAGCGAUAUCGUCUUGGUGGUUUCCUUGUCGAAAGUGCAGCAGGUGCUCUCGCUCGAAUACUUGCUGGCAAGCUCACCAAACUCCGACGCCUCCUUUUUCGAAGCUGGCAGACACAGCAUCACCCUAAACGAGCUCCACAAGCAUAUUGUGGAGCGCUUUCCUGGCUGUAAGCAAAUUGGGAGCGUCGGAACAAAGAUGUUCUCUUUCAGAGAGGGUCCCAACGCGACGCGCUCUCUCCGCCGUGUAUGUCGUCAUCGAGGGCUACGCGACGGCGUCCUUAGCGCGCUCAACACAGCCACCAUUCAAGCCGCAGGCAUAACCCCGAAGACGAUCAGGUACGUCGAGCUGCACGACAGCGGGACGCGCAUGGGCGCUGCGUUGGAAGUGAGUGGGUUGGGGCGUGCAUUGGACGAGGUGCAACAUGUCGUGCACGUGGGCAGCAACAAGGCUGGGCGCGCCGAAUCCAUAGUGCGAUUUCGAGGGCAGGUUGCGCCUCAAGCUGGCGCUGCAUGAUCGAGUCGGCGUGACGGGCUUGGGGUACGGAGGGACGGAUGCACAUGCAAUGCUUUGCCGCGGAGGCACAUGGUGUUCCAAGACGUUUGAGACACGCUUAAGCUCACGAAUGAUCUUAUUAAAUGAACUCCUCUUCACUUUACUCUGUAGAUAUAUAUUAGGAUAGAGCAAAGUGGGCCUGUAUCCUCUAGAAGAAAAGUACUACGUGUACCAAGG